AUUGGCUGACACUAAGGCCAAUGUGGUUCAUCUUGUACGGUUUGAUCCUUUUGAUCAAGAUUUGUUUCCUGGAUUACAAUCCGUAUCUGGACCGCUACCCACUUGAACCAUUCAUCGCCGAGUUUGGUCGUUACCAAUGCCCUGAAGACAAGCGACGUGUGUACCAACGUCGAAUGUGCAAGCAUUUCCUUGGUUUUGUCAAGGAAGCUGAUGACUCUAGAGGUUGUGGUGCAGACAAAGCAGUGUAUUGGAGUUCCCAAUUGCUUCAGGAAAAAGUGAAUAUUCAGAUGGCGUUGUCUGUUGUUGAUGUUUUGUCUGGUGACGACUUGCUUCCUUUCUCUGGAUUAACAAAGUGGUCGGGUAUCCUAUUGGCCUUGUUUGGGAGAUCAGUAUUUGCUGAAGAGUUUGGGGACAGGAUUCGAAGAUUGGACAAAGCACCGCUAUCUGUACAAGCUGACAGCAUUUGCAACUCGGUCCUGCGUUAUAUUCUCCGUCCAAGCAUUGCAGAUUCUAAUGUCACUUUUGAGAGUUUGGAUUCCAGAACCCAAAUGCUCCUGGAAAAAUCUGAACAAGAACCGACUGGAGUGGAGUCACAGCUGCAGCUACCUUUGUUUCAACUUUCUCUGGAGUCAUGCAGGGUAUCCAUGUCUCUGGACAUCGACUGCAGGGAAGGACAGGUUGAACCGAGCCAGGAAACACUAUCCCGUCUGCAGGUGGUGUACCAGCGUGUUACAACAACACGCAGUAUGGGUCUUGCUAAAGGUCUCACUGAAUGGACCCUGAAACUCAUUCAACUGUAUUGUUCCACUCUGCUAAACAAGGAUAUACCCAAUGUACAGGUGGUAGAAGACCUUGCUGAGAGAGUGAUUUCAUCACACUUCCUAUCACAGGAUGGUGCAGUCAAGUCAUGUGCUUUUCUGUACGAUCUUCUGCUACAAUGCAUAUUUGUGAUCCUGGGCAAGGUCUUGUCAAGUUCCUGUAGCAGUGAGUGGAUUAUUUCACCAUCAUUGAUUACAACACUGGGUAUACCACAGUGCGAAUGGAAACAUGUACCAACUGCUAUCAGUCGCUCGGUCAAUGUCCAUGACGACAAUACCACUGUGUAUACUUUUCAGUUACAACGGUACCUGCACUGCAUGGAUAAUGACACAGUGUCCACACUACUGGACAUGUACUUGGGUGGUAUGUACAACACCCGGUACAUAUCCUUGGUAGUUAAUGGAAGGGCACACACAACUCCAUUGGGUCUCACUCUACCAGCACGGCAUCCCUACAACAUUGUGAUGGACUAUGUCAGGAGAUGGUGUCAUGGCUCAAAUCCAGCAGAUCGCACAACAGCACUGAUUAACAACUGUAGCCAGAACAAGGUACCUGAUGUGGAAGUGAUGCAGUCUUGUAUACAGACAGCUAGAACACUGCUCAGGAUUGAGAAUACGAUCUUUGCACUUGCAGAAAUGUCCAAACUCUUCCCACCGUUGAAGUCAUUGGUUAAUGAUCUCAGUGCUUACCUGUCAAGAAAUUGUGCAACUGGUCUCUCAGUGUCUGGAAUUGUGUACUCAGUACCACCACAAGCUGGAGACGAUACUCUACUAUACUACUCUCUCAUUGCUGCCCUGCAUCGUCAAUCCAAGAGAGGCCAAGUGAGCAUUGAUCACCACAUUGCACUACUGGAAUGGUGUCCACGUGUAGCAGCAUGUUUUGUCUGCUAUGACCUGGACAACAUCAAAGCAUGUCCUCGUUGUGGCAUGGCUUACCUCUGUGGCAAACAUCGUCAAACUGGUGAACACCUAAGUGAACACAACCAACACUGUGCUAUGCUGGCAGCACUCAGACAUCGCAUACUACAGUAAGUUAUCAUCAGCAGGCGCGUACGCAGGGUCACCUCUAGGGGGGGUUUCCAACGGAAUUACUUGUACAAACAAUGUGUUUUUUACCUUUAAAAAAAUUUCAAAAUGAUGCAUUGUUCGCAUUCCUUGGAUCAUAACUUCAGUUCUACUUACUCAAUCUUCAUAAUCUUGGGCUUCCUGGAAGUGGAAUGGUAUCCACGAGAGAAAGAGAAUGAGAUCGACAAUGAUAGCCAGGACACUGCGGGCGGGUAACACCGCCGUUGGAGGUAGUCUGGGUGUAUGGGGGUUGGGGUGUCACCCGGGAAAAUUUUGAAAUUAGGGAGCAAAAUCCUGCACUCUGGGCACUUUUGGCAUUGGUCCGGAACAGCCGGACCAGCUGCUACGCUGCUGCACUGUACCUGUAUACAGCGCUUGUAUAGAGUGCAGCAACGGUGCAAAAUGACCCAAAGGCCCAAAGCAUCCUGCUCCAGCGAUUUCGUUUUUCUCGAUCGCAGAGUUUCGAUUGUUUUGCUGUGUACUCUUGAGAAUAAUCACAAGUGAAGCCCCUGCAAAUUUGAGCAAGUCAAUGUGACGAAUAGUCUCAAAUUCUCGAUACUCAAGUUGCACUGCGCGAUUUGGAAAUUGCCGGGAUCGCGGCUCAACUAACGAAUGCUAUAUCUCAAGAACCAUUGCUCGCAGUGCUUCGCAGAUUGUUUCGACCGA